AUGAAUAUUACAGCAUGCGGCGUCGACGAUUUUUCACUACUCGCUAAUAGAGGUACCGUGAUCAAAAUAAUACAUCCAAACCUACAAGCUAUGGGAGGAACUGUUCUUUCAAUACAGUCGCACGUAGCUCACGGAUACGUCGGCAACAAGGCAGCAGUGUUCCCCCUUCAAUGUCUUGGUUGGGAUGUCGAUGUCGUCAACACGGUUAACUUCUCCAAUCACACCGGGUAUGGAAAAACCCGCGGCACCACUAUGGACCCCAAUGAACUACAAGAUAUCUUCUCCCAGCUCGAUAGUCGGCUUAACCUUUCGUACGAUGCUAUGCUCACGGGAUAUAUACCUAACGCCGCCCUUAUUCGCGCUAUAGGACGCCACGCCCACAAUGCCAAGCAGCGCACACCCGAUAUGAUGUAUUUAUUGGACCCAGUUAUGGGGGACAAUGGUUACAUGUAUGUGGAUAAACUGUGUAUCGACGAAUAUCGUACUAUACUCGAAUCACGAGUCGUUGAUAUAAUAACUCCCAAUCAGUAUGAGCUUGAAUUGUUAGUUCAAUGCAAAAUUGAUACGCCUCAGCAGUUGGAAAAGGCAAUGGACCAUGCGCAUCGUCUGUAUGGCGUAACCUAUUGUGUGGUGCUGCUGGUAACGUUUGGCAAUUCGACGUAUUGUGCUUUCAGCACCCUUAAUCAGCCACCUAAAUUGUUCCACAUUCCCCUCAUCAAGCUGUAUUUCACAGGCGUUGGCGAUUUGUUUGCCGCCGUCCUUCUUGAUCGACUCUAUACAUCCCGCAAUAUCGAGACCGCAUUGCUGGAAGUUUUGGAAGUUAUGGCAAAGACAUUAGCUUUAACUCAUAAGGCUGGGGUAGACGAAUUUCACCGCGAGUUCCCUGGGCAAAGCAUCGAAAGUAAAAUCAAUGACGGAACCACUAUGAGGUAUUUUGAAUUGCGAGUCAUUCAGGCCAAAUCCUAUUUCCACCUUAAAGAAUCGCCAUUUAGAAGCCAACAUUUGGAUCUGGUUUCAAUUUCUUCCAUUGCAUAA